GAGGAUUUCGGCUCAAAAACGCUCUCCAGGAGAAGCCCUGUCCCGUUCCCCAUAUGGAGGCGUCCCCGAUAUCUCGCUCGGGAUCCCUCAUCUGAAGGAUCGAGGUCGGGAUCCCCCAUCCCUCAACCGCCGACGGUGAAGCCUCCUUCCCGCGUAAUCCUCCUCUCCUCCAGAGUAUUGUGAUGGAUUCUCAAGAUGAUACAAUGGGUAUGUAUACCAGUUUAUUGAGUGAGCGCGUCGUCGUUGAUGAAGUUUGGGAUGACACUCAAAAUUACAGCCCAUUUGGAGAGCAACCAAUUCCAAAUGAAAUUGUUACUCCUCUGGGGAUGGUAUUUGGGGAAUCUGCUGAAGAGAGUUGGGAUUUGGGGGAGGCAAAUGGGAUAGGGGAUCCCAAUAUAUGAGAUUUGGGGGAUGAGAUAUAGGGCAUCUGCUGGAGUUGCUCUUAGAAAUGUGCCCUUCGGACGAGGUCAGACAAACUUGGAAACAUGAACCCCGUCGCUUGUCUUCGUCUCCGAGCGAGCGCCGCCACCCCUCCCUUCUUCCCAUCCCACUGCCGAGCACCGCCCCAGCCCCCUCGCUCCGUCUCUCGUCUUCCUCCUCGUGCGAGCACCUCCAGCGCAGAAGGUGUCUAUUGAAUCCGACUUUCGGCAUUGCCUCCUCAGAAGAUAUAGAGGGGUCUUUCAGCCCUCUACUUUUACAUUACUCAAGCAUCGCGGGGGUGCUCUAAUAGGUCUAUGCACCCUGUGUCCAUCUCCUUACAACACUUCACUGCAAAUCCGACACACAAAUUUUCCUCAAGCAGGAGCACUCAUGUGAGGCAUUCCUGUGACUUUGUCAAGCUGACGACAGUUAAAGGAAAUAGAGGACACCAGGCUAUGAAUUCCAGACCAGAUUCUCCUUCCAGGUCUGAAACGACUGGAGGACAGGAUUAUACUGUGGGAGAAAAUGAUGGUGUGAUAAUAGUCGAUCAUGGGUCACGUCGUCAGGAAUCUAAUCUCAUGCUAAACGAUUUUGUUACAAUGUUCAGGGCAAGGACUGGCUACAGGAUUGUUGAACCAGCUCAUAUGGAGCUAGCUGAGCCUACUAUCAAGGAAGCAUUUGGAAAAUGUGUGCAGCAAGGAGCAUCCCGUGUUAUUGUCAGUCCAUAUUUCCUUUCCCCUGGACGACACUGGAAGCAAGAUAUCCCUUCUUUAGCAGCAGAAGCCUCUAAAGAGCAUUCGAACGUGCCCUACAUCAUCACUGCUCCUCUUGGAUUGCAUGAGCUUAUGGUGGAUGUUAUGAACGAUCGCAUCAAGUACUGCCUGCGGCAUGUUGGCGGUGAUGCCGAUGAGUGCACAGUAUGUGCUGGGACUGGAAAGUGCCGCCUCUACUCUUGAUGCCCAAGUCGUUCCACGUACUUUGCUGGAAGUUGAAUCUGUGGUAUAAUUUUGGCAAUUGUAUUUGAAGCGAUCUUGCUUUACGCUUAUCAGCAGCACAAAACCCGAUCUUGUACCAGCUAAACUAGAAGUCUAGAACCAUGUACUGUUGGUCUCAGCGGUUUUGUUCAAUCUUGUAGAUGUGGAAUGUCUCCAUUCAGUUCUUCGGUCUGGGGCUCUGGGCACAUUUUUUUUUCAAGUUUCUGGACCCACGUGCGAUCCAAAACUGCACUUGUGCUACAACAAUCACAUACAAGUAACGCCGAGGCUGUACCACUCCCAGUAUCUGUCCCCAUCGUGCUAGUGGAUCAUGCACAGGUAUCUGCUGUGCCGUCAAUCUUCACUUUGGCUUACUGUGUCUUCUUACAGGGAGAGAGUUGAUUAGCAGAAAAAUAUAUACUAUUUUAUGUCUAGCACUGACUGAUUGGAUGUGAUCUCAUGACACCUUUUCUUUUU